UUGGCCUAAGACGCCACGGAGGCCUCGGGGGCUUGGGGCGUCGGGGAGUGCGCGAGGCGGCCCAGGUUGUGUGCUCUAGCGGAGACAAAGCAGUGGCUGAGGUGGCUGUGACGCUUGUGGCUGCGGCGGCAGAACAGCCCUAAACGCCGAAUUCUCUGGUGCUGAGUCCUGUCAUCUCAUCCAGCGCGGCGCGUGGGUGGCUGGUUCCGCGGCGGCGGCGGCAGCGGCGGAGGCGGAGGCAGCACAUGGUUCCAAGAGCGCGCUGCGGUUGUUGGGUUCCAAUUCCGUGGGGAGGGACAAAGGCAGCUCUGAGCACCGGGCAACGCAGGGUCGGGGAAUGCGCUCGCCACAGUGCCCUCGAUCUGGGCCUUGAAAGCUGGGACUAACUUUCCUGUGAGGAGGAGGCAGCGGCCUCGGGACUGAGGUCCUGGGGCCUCAGAGCUGUAGGCCUCUGUCUGAGGGGAGUGGGGGAGGGGUGUGCCCUCUGAGGUAAUUUGGGCGGGUCAAUUCUGAGGCUUUUUUUUGCGGGUCAUUGUGAAGUAAUUUGACCCAGUACCCUGAAGAGAUUGCGACGGGACCAACAAGCUAGGUCUGGUCUGGGCUUUGGCAACGGAAAUCGCCGUCAGCGAUUAGGAGACCUUUCUGUCGGGAGGUAGUGAAGCCGGAACUAACGCCAUAUGCACCCUAUCGACUUCGUGGCCACCAGCCUGGGGCCCAAUUAAGAAUCCCGGGAUCUUUGGCGAAGACAUGGGUGGCUGUCAAGUUUUGUGACAGAAGUUGAUAUUUUUCCGGAUUGGUAAAUAUCCUGGUCAGUAAUUUAGAGGAACAAAAAAAGGCUCGAGCUUGAAGAUGGCGCAGUAAUAAAACCUCUCAAGUCCAAUACUGUCUACUCCCAGGACCGUCCGCAUUCGACACCUUGAAUUAUCGCAACUUAAGCCAAAGUUUAAGACUAAAAAUCUAUGAUAACAGUUUUUUCCAGAAUAUUACAUAAUAGUCAUUAAGAAGAUAAAAAAAAAAGACUUAGAGAAUUUAGACAUCUCUUGGAUAGAUACCAGUUAACCUUGUUUAAUAGUAAGGAGCACAGACUUACCAAACCUUUACUGGAAGGAAUCCUGGAAAAUCUAUUCCAUUAUAAAGUAUAUUUCCCAGUUAGUGGGUGAAGGACUGGAGACCUCACCGCACUCAUGGCUUUCACAAAUUACAGCAGUCUGAAUCGAGCUCAGCUAACCUUUGAAUAUCUGCAUACAAAUUCAACUACUCAUGAAUUCUUGUUUGGUGCUCUUGCUGAACUGGUUGAUAAUGCAAGAGAUGCUGAUGCCACCAGAAUAGAUAUUUAUGCAGAAAGGCGAGAGGACCUUCGAGGAGGAUUUAUGCUUUGCUUUUUGGAUGAUGGAGCAGGAAUGGAUCCAAGUGAUGCUGCCAGUGUGAUCCAGUUUGGGAAAUCAGCCAAGCGAACGCCUGAGUCUACCCAGAUUGGGCAGUAUGGGAAUGGGUUAAAAUCUGGCUCAAUGCGCAUUGGUAAGGAUUUUAUACUCUUCACCAAGAAGGAAGACACCAUGACUUGCCUCUUCUUGUCUAGGACCUUUCAUGAGGAGGAAGGCAUUGAUGAGGUGAUAGUCCCAUUGCCCACCUGGAAUGCUCGGACCCGGGAACCUGUCACAGACAACGUGGAGAAGUUUGCCAUUGAGACAGAACUCAUCUAUAAGUAUUCUCCCUUCCGCAACGAAGAGGAAGUUAUGUCUCAGUUCAUGAAGAUUCCUGGGGACAGUGGAACACUGGUGAUCAUUUUCAAUCUCAAACUCAUGGAUAAUGGAGAACCAGAGCUAGACAUAAUCUCAAAUCCAAGAGAUAUCCAGAUGGCAGAAACUUCCCCAGAGGGCACGAAGCCAGAGCGGCGCUCCUUCCGCGCCUAUGCUGCCGUGCUCUAUAUUGAUCCCCGGAUGCGGAUCUUCAUUCAUGGGCACAAGGUGCAGACUAAGAGGCUCUCCUGCUGCCUGUAUAAGCCCAGGAUGUACAAGUACACAUCAAGCCGUUUCAAGACUCGUGCAGAGCAGGAGGUGAAGAAAGCUGAGCAUGUGGCACGGAUUGCUGAGGAGAAGGCGAGGGAGGCGGAGAGCAAAGCUCGGACAUUAGAAGUUCGCCUGGGUGGAGACCUCACACGUGACUCCAGGGUAAUGUUGAGGCAGGUCCAAAACACAGCCAUUACUCUGCGUAGAGAAGCUGAUGUCAAGAAGCGGAUCAAGGAGGCCAAGCAGCGAGCACUUAAAGAACCUAAGGAACUGAAUUUUGUUUUUGGGGUCAACAUUGAACACCGGGACCUAGAUGGCAUGUUCAUCUAUAACUGUAGCCGCCUGAUCAAGAUGUAUGAGAAAGUGGGCCCACAGCUGGAAGGGGGCAUGGCAUGUGGUGGAGUUGUUGGGGUUGUUGAUGUGCCCUACCUGGUCCUGGAACCUACACACAACAAGCAGGACUUCGCUGAUGCCAAGGAGUACCGGCACCUGCUGCGGGCGAUGGGGGAUCAUCUGGCACAGUACUGGAAGGACAUUGCCAUUGCCCAGAGGGGAAUCAUCAAGUUCUGGGAUGAGUUUGGCUACCUUUCUGCCAACUGGAACCAGCCUCCAUCUAGUGAGCUACGUUAUAAGCGCCGGAGAGCUAUGGAAAUCCCAACCACCAUCCAGUGUGAUUUGUGUCUGAAGUGGCGAACCCUCCCCUUCCAGCUGAGUUCUGUUGGAAAAGAUUACCCUGACACCUGGGUUUGCUCCAUGAACCCUGAUCCUGAGCAGGACCGAUGUGAGGCUUCUGAACAGAAGCAGAAGGUUCCCCUGGGGACAUUCAGAAAGGAUCUGAAGACACAAGAAGAGAAGCAGAAGCAGCUGACAGAGAAAAUUCGCCAGCAGCAGGAGAAGCUAGAGGCCCUGCAGAAAACCACACCUAUCCGUUCCCAAGCUGACCUGAAGAAAUUGCCUUUGGAAGUGACCACCAGACCUUCCACUGAGGAACCUGCACGUAGACCUCAGCGACCUCGGUCACCUCCUUUACCUGCUGUCAUCAAGAAUGCCCCAAGCAGACCCCCUUCCUUGCAAGCUCCCAGGCCAACCAGCCAGCCCCGAAAGGCUCCUGUCAUCAGCAGCAUCCCAAAGCCUCCUGCCCUGGCAGCCCGGGAGGAGGCCAGUACAUCCAGGCUGCUCCAUCCACUGGAGGCACCCCGGAAGCCUGCUAAUACGCCAGUCAAGACUGCACCCCGGCCCACUCCUGUGGUGCAGCCACUGUCAUCGUCUCUGCUGCCCAACUCCAAAAGCCCUCGGGAAGUCCCUGCUCCCAGAGCCAUCAAGACUCCAGUGGUCAAGAAGCCAGAGCCACCCAGUAAACUCUCCCUAACAACUCCUAGUCAGAAGCGGACUCUUGGGGUUUCUGACGAGGAAGAAGCUGAGGAAGCUGAGAGGAGGAAAGAGAGGUCUAAACGGGGCAAGUUUGCUGUGAAGGAGGAGAAGAAGGACUUAAAUGAGCUCUCAGACAGUGCUGGGGAAGAGGACACAGCUGACCUUAAGAGGGCUCAGAAAGAUAAAGGGUUGCACGUGGAGGUGCGUGUGAACAGGGAGUGGUAUACAGGCCGGGUCACAGCCGUGGAGGUGGGCAAGCAUGUGGUGCGGUGGAAGGUGAAGUUUGACUACGUGCCCACAGACACCACUCCAAGAGACCGCUGGGUAGAGAAAGGCAGUGAAGAUGUGCGGCUGAUGAAGCCUCCUUCUCCGGAGUACCAGAGUCCCGACACUCAGCAGGAGGGCGGGGAAGAGGAGCAGGAAGAGGAGGAAGAGGAGGAAGAGGAGGUGGUGGUGGCCCAGCAGGCUGUAGCCAUGGCAGAGCCCUCCACUUCUGACUGCAUCCGCAUAGAGCCCGACACCACUGCCCCCAGCACCAACCAUGAGACCAUUGACCUGCUCGUUCAGAUCCUCCGGAAUUGUUUACGGUAUUUCCUGCCUCCAAGUUUCCCCAUCUCCAAGAAGGAGCUGAGUGCUAUGAAUUCAGAUGAGCUAAUAUCAUUUCCUCUGAAAGAGUACUUCAAACAGUAUGAAGUGGGGCUCCAGAAUCUGUGCCAUUCCUACCAGAGCCGUGCCGACUCACGGGCCAAGGCCUCUGAGGAGAGUCUGCGUACUUCUGAGAGAAAGCUCCGAGAGACAGAGGAGAAGCUGCAGAAGCUGAGGACCAACAUCGUGGCGCUCCUGCAAAAGGUGCAGGAGGAAUCUGUGGUUUCAACCCUGGCUGCACAGCAUCCUGACCAAGAGGGCUGGAGGUGGUGCGGCUGCCUGGGCCUCAUCCCAGCCAGACCCACGGACAUAGACAUCAACACAGAUGAUGAGCUGGAUGCCUACAUCGAGGACCUGAUCACCAAGGGGGACUGAAGGGCUCGGAGCCAAAGAUCAGCUCCUCUGCCCUUCAAGGCAGAGUCCUUAGGGGGUGGUGUUUUGUUCAUGGGUUGUGGACUUACCUUGGUUUGACUCACAUAAAACAUUUGUGAUUUUGGAGGGAAAAAUACUCUGAUUCUUUGAAUCUUCCUCCCUAAGUUUAUAAAUACUUAUUUUUUAAAAGAAAUAAGAUGCUGCACCUGCUGUGAGAACAUACAUUUUUUUGGUAACUAUUGGGCAAAGAGCAGAGAACCAGGAUACCAAGCUCCUUCUCUUGGUUCCUGGCUUCUCACAAUGUGGUAAAUCCAGUGCCAUCCAGAAGUUGGAGAGGCUUCAGGGGCAGGGCUAGUCUCUUCUAGAAGAUGAACAGUGUUGGGAUCUGAGGGGUGGGGAAGGGAAAGAGCCCUCCAGAAUGGUGCUUCUCCUGGGGGCUCUAAUCUGGGAGACCUGUGGGGAUAGUGGGUCAGGAAAGAGGAACAGCACUGAGCAGCUCCUGUCUCAAGUCAGGACAUGAAUGUCAGCCCAUCCAUCUGUCAGUCAUUAUGGCUGUGGCAUUGUCCAAACAGCUUGGGGAAGAAAGAGCCUCCCAUUCAACCUCCCCAUCUACCACUCAGGUUCUCCUUGUGGCAGUGAUUUCCUCAGUUAACUGGACAGUGAGAUUUCCCACCUCAAAAACUUGAGUCCAGGUUGAGCAGUAGACAGAUCUGACUGUGGUGGGCUGCACACAGAGGUGGGAUGCACACUGAAUGAAUGUUUGAAUUCCAUAGGAUUCUUUUUGAGAAAGUCCCUUUUACUGAUUUGAUGGUGACCUCUGUCUGUGGGUUUGGCAGAGUCCGGAGAAGGCAUGCUGCCUCAGAUGGUGCUGGCUAAUCUGGAGAGCUUGCUGCUGCUGCUGCUGCUGCUCCUACUCCUUUUACUGUUCCCCUCUACGUGGUCCCACUGGUCCCUGCUCUGGCCCAGACAGGAGAGGGGGUCACUGAGCCACAGGGACUCCAGAGGCAGCUCUGCAGGAAGCACACCUUGGCUUCCUUUCUAUCUAGCCACGGCCUUACACAGCUGUGUCCCACAGGCAACUUCUCAGGGUCAAAGACAAAGGCAAGAGUUGCUGAGUUUCUCUUUAGUGGUCAUUGGAGAAAUUCUGGUUUGAUUUCCCCCAACUCUCUUCUUUCUUCUACCUGGGGACUUUGUGUUUUCUAGAGGCACAAGAACUAUGGCCUGGUACCACUGGCUGCGAUUCAGACCUUUCUUGGUGUGUUUCUGGCAUCUACCCACCCUAAGUCAACAGUAGCCCACAUGCCAUUCUGUGGAGUCUGCGGAAGACUGGGAGACACUGGUGAGGGAAGUCUUUACCCAUUUGUGCGUGUGUCCAGAAGCACUUGCAGCUUGUGGGUUUGAGACUUCCCUAAACCACAUCCCUGGAGGAGGGUUAUUUAGGGAAAUACCACUCCGAACCUGGCCUCAUCUUCUGGAAGAUUGUCUGAGUCUUGGGACUUCUUGACCUGAUGAUUCCUUUCCCAUCCAGUUCUCUCUCAUCAUCCCAGGCAGCAUGUGGUUCAUUUUUGUCCCCAAACCUACUGUUUUAAUCUGAAAGGAAGUUGGUUCUGCAUUUUUACCAUAGGAUAAUACUCAAGUUUUUAAUUUACAUACCUGUAAUCAAAAUGCAAUACUAUAAAACUUUGGUGAGACUCCUGAA